AUGGCAUCAUUAUAUCCAUUAAAAUUUAACGAAAAACUUGCAUUCUUUUAUAAUACUGUUGCUGCAACAUUAUGGUUUUGUUGUUUAGGUAGAUUUCUUAUUCUACUUCCCUUGGUAGGGAGAAAAUUCUUACCUGGUGGAAUGGCUGAUUUCUUUCAUGUGGUUUCAUUACUACCGAUAAUUGAAUCAUUAUUUGUGAAAUCAGUGUUAAGGAAAAAAUUCACUAUCACAUCAUUAUGGGGGAUUCUGAAUGGAUUAAAAAUGGUGUGGCUAUGUUAUGGUGUUAUUUUCCCUCAUCCCAAAAUUGCCAAACAUACUUCAUAUUCAUUAUUAAUUACUUCUUGGUGUUUACAAUAUUUCAUUCAUUACUUUUAUUAUGCAUUCAAAGUGAAAACAAAGAGUUCAUUUCAUUUUUUGUUUUGGUUAGAAUACAAUAAUUUUUACUUGACUUAUCCUUUGGGUUUGGUUUCUGAAAUGAUUCUUUUAUUCUUAAGUCUUGCCUUUGUUGAACAAGACUCGAUAUAUGAUUACGUUUUAAGAGCAGCAUUCUUGGCUUAUAUUCCAAUAGCAUAUUUUGCUUGGGGUCAUUUGAAAUCAAGAAAGAAGAAAAGAUACACCGAAAUUAUGAAUAAAAGAAAUGUUAGACAAGUAGCAACUUUAGAAAGUACUACUACUAGUACUAAGAAUACCUCUAUUGAACUAAGAAAUAUGUAA